AAAUAUUUUAAAUGUUAUUUAAAAGUUUUAUUUAAUUUCAUGUGUAAAAUUUAAAAUAUGUAAACAAAAUUUAAAAUAUUUAUGAGAUAUGAUUUUUUUAAGAAUUAAAACAAUAAACAAGAAAAUAUUUAUGAAUCAUAAAAUUGAUGUGUGAUUGUAGAGACCAAAAUGCAAAUAAAAAUAUGAAACUUCAAAUUUAAAAUUUUAAAUGGUGAAACUUCGAAUAUAGAGUUUCACUCUUCAAAACUUCAAAUUUGAAGUUUUAAAUUUUUUUUUUUGAGAACAAAAAAUUUUAUAUUUGAAGUUAUAGAGUGUCUUUUGGAGAUGCUCUUAGUUAUGAAAGUUAUAGUUGACGUAUCUUUAAUAAUUAACUAGAUUCUGACCCGUCCUGAAAGGACGGGUAUAUUUUUUGUUUUACAUACUUCUUUUAGAAAUCUAUUUUUUAUAUUUGUGUUUUUUUUUGUAAUCAUAUUUAUGUUUAUUAAAAAAUGAAAAAACCCCAUUUUAGUUGUUGAAAACCAGUUGCGUUUAUUAAAAAAAUCGUGACUCAUGGCCUAAUUGUUCAACGUAACCUACAAAACCUAUAUUUUAUAUGAAUUUCUAUGUAAAAUAUUGUAUAGGUCUACACAUGUUUAUCUGAAACCAAAGAAUCAAAACUAAAUCAGCACCAAAUUCAUAAAUAAUCAAGAAAAUCAUAUAUAUCUCUCGACAUAACCAAUCUUCAAACCCAAAUUUUAAAAAUAAAAAAUUAUAUACCUACAAAUAUUUAUUAUAUUUAUUUCUAAUUAAUCAAAUAUACUAAAAAUACUAUUUAUUAACCGAAUUACUCUAAUACUUUUUAUCCAAUAUCUUAAAAGUUAUGUGAAUUACCCGAUAUUUUUAGUCAAACAACCCGAUAUUUAUACUAAAAAUAUGGAUUAUCCGAUGUUUUUACAUACAUUAUGCAAAAUUAUCCAGAAAACUGAAUUGAACCAAUGUUUUGAAAGCCAUACCAGACAUCGACUCGUUAUGUUUACUUGGUGACUGGUCGAACCAGUUCAAUCGGGUUUUCAAAAAUUUAUAUAUUUUUGUUAUAUUAUUUAUAUAUAUAUUAUCUGUAUGUGUAUUUGAAGAUAUGAUCAUUUUUUUAAAAAAAUACUUAGUUUUUAGUAUUAUGUAACCCUAAAGAAAAAUAUAUUUUAAAUGUAAAUAAAAAAUAGGAAAACUAUUGAGUAUAUGUUAGAAGUUGUAAUGAUUCAUAAAUUUUAAUUGGACGUAACUUUUUAUCAAUGUGUUACACUGUUGUUUUAAUAGAAUAGAUUUUUAUAAAUACAUAUAUAAUGGUUUGUAAAACCAUACAGCCAUAAGAUUUUGUGUUGUCUAAUGUCAAAUAACUUUAUAUACAUGAUCUUGAUGUUAAAGAAAAAGAAAAACUUAUAUGCAUGAUCUCAUGAUGCUAAAACAUAUACAAAAUUGUUUCUGCCGUAUAUCUACUUUAUUGAAAAUUAAAAAUGAAAGCUCCUAGCAGUAGAAUCAUUUAGACAUUUUAACGAAUCCCGUAUAUCAUUAAAUACACUUUGAAAGAUAAGAGCUCAAACCUAAUUUAUCAUCCAAUGACAAAAAUAAAACCUAUUUUUUUGCAAAAAAAAGACACAAGCGGUGCCCUUCUUCUCACGAACCGUGGCAGCACCACCACCGGACUUCAGCAAAGCAAUCCUGCAAUAUUCUUCCACAGAGGCACCAACAAAUUCUUCUAGAUACAUGCAAGCACAUGUGAAGAAAGCACAACAUCUCUUGAUUCAAUCUUCAUAAGAAAAGCUCUAUCUCAAUUACAAAAAAAAAAAAAAAGCUCUAUCUAAUACCCGUGAAAGGCUCUCCCGAUAGAUUGAGGAUGAUGAGGAUAUUAUUUCCAGAUGAAGAGAAAAGCAAGUUGGAAAAAACAAAAGAGCAAGUUCGGUGAAAUACAUGAACAUCAUCAAAAAAAUUGCUGGGAUUUGAACAAUAAAAACAGUGGUGGUUACAUAAAAAAAAAAGAUAUUUGGAUGCAGUUACAAAAAGUGGUUACCGAUUAGUAGGUAAUUUAAGUGGUGGUUACAUAAAAAAUAUAUAUAUAUUACGAUGCUUUUAUAUUAAAAUGGUAUGUAUUGUUGAAAUUAUAAGUUGGACAUAACUUUUAUCAAUGGGUCACACUGCUGUUUUAAUAGAAUAGAUAUAUAAGCCCAUAUCUAUUAUAAUAAAAAAUGUAAGCCCAUAUCUCGGAAAGAGAAGCGUGAAAUCCGGGACAACAAUAACUUCACCCUCUUCCUUAUAAACAAGUCUCCUCUUCAUUUUUAUCUCUUAUCUUCUCUCUACGUUUUUUUUAAUUUUCCUUUGGUUUUCUUCAUCGUUUUCAAUACUCUCAUUCAGUUUCAGAUUUCAAAUGGAUUGCCUCUGUAAAAUGGAGUACCUCGUUCAAUAUCCACUGUUGGUUACCAAUACUUACAAAUCACGGGCACACCAUUCCUCUAGGUUGAAAUACGGACCUUUUCAUUUCAUUUCAUUUGCAUAGAAAUGUUACCUUUCUAACCUGAUCGGCAUCGAUAUUGGGCCUUGUAAAAGCCCAAUUAGUGAAAAAGCCCAAAAGAAACUCUCUUAUUCGAAAUUGGAACUCUACCGCCUUACGACGCCAAACAAAACCUCUACACAGCGAUUUUCGGAAACCCUCGAUUUGCAGAAUCCUCGAGCUCCCGACUUUCCAAUCUCCUUUGAUCCAAUAGAUCUUUGCGAAAAUGGUCACAAAAUUGAGUUGCAGAAUGUACCAACCUCGUUAUCCAGAGGUUGAUAGGCUUGUGAUGGGAAAGGUUAAGAGUAUUACUGGUAACGAGGCCGUAGUGUCUUUGCUGGAGUUCAAUGAGAAGGAGGCUAAGGUCUUCAACUCUAGAGAGAGGCAUCUUGUAGUUGGCAGAACAAUGCCAUUUCGUGUGUUGGAUGACAGUAAUAAGGCGAUUCUCCUGAGUCCUAAUCCUCUCCGUUUUGAAGACAGAAUGACAUGUGAAUGUGAGUAUUCGAAAGCCAAGCAUGUCCAGAGGGUUCUCUUCAGUGUUGCGGAUGACAAGGCUAUGAAUCUCAAGGACCUUUACAAAUUAGCUGGAUGGCCUUCCUAUGAUGAACUGUUGAAUUUGCACGAAGAUCAAAGAUUUCUCAGUGCUGAUAUCGAUGCUGAUCUGAAGGACUUUCUUCUGAAGAGGAUAAAACUCAGGUGUACUUCUCUUGGAGGAUUCUCAAUCAAAGAAUUCUACAGAUCUGUCUUCUUCUUCAGGAGGAGAAUAUUUGCUAUGCCAUUGCUCUCACAAGACAAUUUGAAGCGUAUCUGAAGUUAAAGGGCCGUCUGCCAUUUGAUUCAUAUCUCUCCAUUCAAGAUUUUGUGAAUAAGGCAGUCGCUAACGAAUUGGUUCACCCUAAAGAUGCUUCUGUUCCAGAGCUUGGACGUUUCUCAUAUAUCCUUAAGAAACUUGGUCUUGUGCUUGAUGCUGAUUGCCCCUUCAAGAACUCAUUUGAUGGAGAGUACAUAAGAACU